AAAUGAACCCUUCAAAAGCAAACAUGUCUGUUGAAUGUGCAUACAUUUCGUUUCUGUCCCCAAUGAUCAGGUUGGAGAAGUGGAGCAGCUAAUGGAUAUUAUUGACAAGGAGAAGAAAGCUGUGGUCGAACCAAAGAAGGCAGUUGUGCAGAAGGAUGAAGCUGAAGCCAGCAAGCAGGCUGCUGAGGCAAAAUUGAUGAAAGAGGAAUGUGAGAAUGCUCUGGCAGAGGCCAUGCCUGCCCUCAACGAAGCUUUACAGGCCCUUGAUACACUGUCAGCAAAUGAUAUAAACUUUGUCAAGAAAUUGACAAACCCGCCGAGUGCUGUGAAGCUCGUUCUGGAGGCAGUUUGCGUAAUUCUUGAUGUCAAACCUGUACGUAUUCCUGAUGGCACAGGAAAGAUGAUUCUCGAUUAUUGGAAGCCAUCUGUGGCUUUGCUAAAUGAUCGAGAAUUCCUUACAAGUCUGAAGACUUAUGAUAAGGAUAACAUACCCCCACGUAUCAUCAAGGAGAUCAGGCAACGGUUUGUACAGAAUCCUGAGUUCACACCUGAAAGAGCAGGGUAUGCAUCUGCUGCGGCUGAAGGGCUGUGCAAGUGGGUCCUGGCAAUAGAGAAGUAUGAUCAAGUAGCAAAAAUUGUUGCUCCAAAGAAAGAAAAAUUGCAUUUUGCAGAGUCACGAUAUGAGGAUGUAGUCAGAGGUCUUACAGCCAAGCAACAAGAACUGCAAACCAUUUUGGAAAGGCUAACUGAGCUUGAGGCACAGCUUGACCUGAACAUGCAGAAAAAGGAGCAACUGCAGAGGCCUGCGCCAACCAGAAUGAUGAAGAAGGAGACCAGCGCUCAAGUUCCUGAUGAAGAAGAAGAGUCUCUGCCGUCACAAGCUGCAGCUAUGGCUGCAGCGCCAUUGUCUCUGCCACAUUGCGAACUCUGGGGAAGUAGCAGCAGCAGCGGUCCACCCACAAACAGCGAUGUAGAGCCCCCUGAUAGCCCAGAAGAUCACAAGCACCCUCAGGGGAAGUUCGUGAGGAACUUCUCCACCAUCGCUGUGCCCCUUCGCAAAUUGCUAAGAAAAGAGACAAUCUGGAAAUGGGACAAGGACUGCACGUCUGCCAUGAAGAAGCUAAAGCAGGCAUUGAUAGAGUACCCGGUCCUUAAGGUCGCCGAUCCAUCCUUGCCUUUUGUUGUUACUACGGAUGCUAGCCAGUACGGCAUAGGCGCAGUGUUACAGCAAGGCGAUGGCAAUGGGUAUAGACCCGUAGAGUUCAUGUCCGCCAGAAUGCUUUCAGAGAAGGUCGCGACAUCUACCUAUGAGAGGGAACUCUACGCUCUCAGGCAAGCGUUAGACCACUGGAAGCACUACUUGCUUGGGAGGCACUUCAAAGUCUAUUCUGACCAUGAAACGUUACGAUGGUUAAAAACGCAGGCCAAGAUGACACCUAAGCUUACUAGGUGGGCCGCCGAGAUAGAUYAGUACGACUUCGAGCUCAAGCCUGUCAAGGGGAAGUACAACGUAGUUGCGGAUGCUCUGAGUAGGAGAGCAGAUUAUUUCGGGACGAUAGUGCAUUACCUCGAUAUAGGGAAAGACCUGCAGCAAGAGGUUAGAGAGGCUUACGCACAGGACCCUAUCUAUAGUGACCUCCUUAAGAAAGUCAAAGAGGCCCCAGAGACUGAGCCAAAUUAUCGCACUAGUGAAGGAUUGUUAUUCGAGAAGACUAAUGUCUUUGACCGGUUGUGCAUCCCCAAUGGCGAAAAGAUCCGUAGUUUGAUCUUGGGAGAAUGCCACGACACAGAAGGUCAUUUUGGUUGGCAAAAGACCUUAGCCAAUCUGAUGCGCGCGUAUACCUGGCCAGGGAUGAAGAAUGACUGCGUAGAGUAUGUUCGCAGUUGUAAGAUCUGCCAGCGUAACAAGUCUUCUACGYGUGUCCCGUUAGGUCUUCUCAGACCCUUGCYCAUUCCGGAUCAGCCGGGAGACUCAGUGUCAAUAGAUUUCAUGGACACUCAAGUCAAGAGCAGGCAUGGCAAGAGUCAAGUCAUGGUUAUAGUUGACCGCUUUAGCAAGUACGCAGUUUUUGUUCCUUUGMCUUCURAGGCGCGUACUGAUUUAGUCAUACAGAGAGUCAGACACAUCAUUCUCAUCACAACAGAUAGAGCGAGAGUGGUGAGGAGUGGAACUUUCACUGGUUGUACAUCUUUCACCAUGGUGACCUCGCGAGCAGGAACGAGCACCACCCCAUAUAGCAAGGAAGAGAAAAUUGCUGCCAUCUUAAGAGAGAAGAAGGAGAAGAUGGAGAAGACGGAAUUGAUUAAGCAUGCGAAGAUGCUGGUCUUGAUGGACGAGCAAAAGGCCAAGCAGAAACAAAUGAAGGAGGAUUUGGAAAAGUGGAAAAAGGAGCAGGAGGAGAAGUUGGCGGUUGUGGAAGCAGAAGCAGAAGCAGAGAAAGAGGAAGAAGAAGAAGAGGUGGAGCCCCUACAGCGAAAUGUAGGAAGAGAAAAAAGAGAGGAGUCCAGUGGAGCGUGAGAAGUAGAGGCAAAUAUAGAGAAGAUGGCGAAUGAGUGGGUGGCCAAUAUGGCCCUAGGGGGGGAAGAAGAAGCAUCUUCACUUGUCCCUCAGGCAGAGAGCGAGGCGUUCGCAAAGGAGUUGGAAGCAAAAGGAAAUCCCUUGCGGCGACAGACCAUGGAGGAGGAAAGGAAGUUAGAGCGGAGGUUGCGCUUCACAAGGGAAAGGAGGAGGCGAUUGGAGGCGGCAGAGGCGACGGAGAGAGACUUAUAGGUCGCAGAAGAGCAACAGGGGCAAUUGGCACUACAAGUAGACCUCCAAAUGAAAGUAGAGAUUCUGU